ACUCACAGCUGCCUUCCGCCCCGUGCGGUGACUCAGCGCUUCCUUCUCCGCCGCGUCUGCAGCUCCGGACGGAGGCUUCCUGAGCUGCCGCGUCUGGCGCUCAGAGCUGCGGGCUUCCGCGAGGUUUCGCGGUGCCCAUCCUGCAUCCUUUCGUUGGUAAUCAGCAGCGGAUCACUUUGCCGAGCGGUAGGAAGAACAAAGGAAUCGCGAAGGGGACGUUUGGCUCCCCGCCGCUUUGCUCCAAGCGGCUGCCUCCUCCGUUCUCUCCGGCCCCGGCCAGCUGCAUUUGUAAUCGUCACUGGAUUUACCUGGAACUUUCGAGUGCAACAAGUGUUUAUUAGAGGAGAAGUGAGUCACAAAGAAAUAAAGAUGAGUAAGACCAAAGAUGAUGCUCCUCAUGAACUAGAGAGCCAGUUUAUCUUACGCCUGCCUCCAGAAUAUGCCUCUACUGUGAGGAGGGCAGUACAGUCUGGCCAUGUCAACCUGAAGGACAGACUGACAAUUGAGUUACACCCUGAUGGACGUCAUGGAAUCGUCAGAGUGGACCGGGUCCCAUUGGCCUCCAAAUUGGUCGAUCUGCCCUGUGUUAUGGAAAGCUUGAAAACCAUUGAUAAAAAAACCUUUUACAAAACAGCCGAUAUCAGCCAGAUGCUUGUAUCUACAGUUGAUGGUGAUCUCUAUCCUCCUGUGGAAGAGCCAGUUGCUAGUGCUGAUCCCAAAGCAAGCAAGAAAAAGGAUAAGGACAAAGAGAAAAAGUUUGUCUGGAACCACGGAAUUACUCUGCCUCUAAAAAAUGUCAGAAAAAGGAGGUUCCGGAAGACAGCAAAGAAGAAGUAUAUUGAGUCUCCAGAUGUGGAAAAAGAAGUGAAACGGUUGCUGAGUACAGAUGCUGAAGCUGUCAGUACUCGGUGGGAAAUAAUUGCUGAAGAUGAAACAAAGGAGACAGAAAAUCAAGGCCUUGAUAUCUCUUCUCCAGGAAUGUCUGGUCACAGGCAGGGCCAUGACUCAUUAGAACAUGAUGAGCUUCGGGAGAUAUUCAAUGACCUCAGCAGCAGCAGUGAAGAUGAAGAUGAGACACAGCAUCAAGAUGAAGAAGAUAUAAACAUCCUCGACACUGAGGAAGAUCUGGAGAGACAGCUACAAGACAAGCUAAGUACAUCAGAUGAACAGCACCAAGAAAAUGAAGGAACCAAUCAGCUGGUUAUGGGAAUUCAGAAACAAAUUGAUAACAUGAAAGGCAAGCUCCAAGAGACCCAGGACAGGGCAAAACGACAGGAGGAUCUCAUCAUGAAAGUGGAAAAUCUGGCUCUCAAGAACAGAUUUCAGGCUGUGCUGGAUGAACUCAAACAAAAGGAAGACCGAGAAAAGGAGCAGCUUAGCUCUUUGCAAGAAGAGCUAGAAUCACUCCUAGAGAAGUGAGAAGAAUUUUUAUACUUAAUUUCAAUCCUUAGACUGAUCACCAUUAGAAAACCUUUGAUGAUUUGGCCUAGAUAUUAAGGCCUUGCAGUAGUUCCCAUUCCUUCUACUGCUGUAUGUUCUGUUGAAUUAUCCUUUUUUAAAAUUUUGUUUUCAGCAAAAUCUCAUUUUGUUCAUCCUACAAGAAGUAGGAUUGUAUUUGCAGAAAAAUGAUUGUAGGAAAUUUAGAGAAUUAGUGGAAUGAAUAGUUCAAUCUCAGUAAUCACAGUUUUACUGCAGGACUUUGCUACUGGUUCUCCAUGUGUCAGAAGCUGCUGUUGCUGUAGUGAUUCUGUCUAAGAUCAAUAAGAAGAACCUAGUCUGGAGGCAGUGAAGAUAGUUUGCAUAUGUUUUUCCAAUCAAUAGCUAUUUUUUCAGCUAUUCAAAGCAAUUUCCCAAAUGUAGAGAUGCAAAUCAUUUCAUAAAGUUGUUUCUAACAAAAAUAAAAGCAGCUAAUUUUCACCUUAA